AUGGCUUCUCCACUCUUCUCCCUUGUUCCCCAGAAUCACAGUGCAGAAGCUGUCAUCGAAAAUCCCGACUACGUGCCGUAUGUUUUGGAGUUCCCGGAUCCCCAAGGAGAGAAUGGGAGGAGCCGUGGGCUUUGCAUCAAAUUCGACCCCACGAGCUCUUCCGGUCUGGAGCCAAGCUUUCUCGGAAACCACAACGGCACUGACAUCCCAUCGGGCCAAACAUUUCGGUUUAUGCUGAACAUAAACACUGGGGAGGUUCUGCUCGAAGACUACUCUGAUGGCCGGGCUUUCAGGUUCACGGGACCAACUGCCCUCACCUUUCCAAGCCCUCCGCACCCUCGCAGACUCAUCAUCGAUUGUCACAACAACCUUGAGUUUGAGUGCAUUGAUGGGUCUGGAUGCUGGAGCCAAUGGAGAAUCCUCUGGCACCAGGAACCGCCUAUGGACGUCCUCCUCUGGAGGCAUGAAUCGACUGGUCUAAGAACCGGAGUGGUGUCUUCCAUCCUGACCAAUGACGAUGGGUGUGAGGUCUUCCCAGGAUACAACAAGACCCCUGAUUCCGCCGAUGACUUGAUCCGCUACACCGACCGGAGCCGGUACUUUGCAUCAAAGUUCGGCGCUCCCCAGGCGGUUGUUGAUGUUGGCACCGGCCAGCAUUUGGCUGUCAAGAAAGUCUCGUAUCCAUUCAAAAUGGAAGCCCGUCGAUCUCUGCUGGACAGAGUCAUCAGGAGCAGCAAUCUAUCACACCCACACAUCAUUGCCUUCUUCCAAGUCCAAGAAACCCCUGACAGCAUCGACAUCAUCAUGCCUUUGAAGGAUGGUAGCCUCCUUGGGCUUAUACAGCUGCACCAGAACGGCCCCGGCCUCUUUGAGAGGCCCAUUGAGAUGCGCCCCCUAGGCCGACUUCUUUUCGGCGAAAUGCUUUCGGCUCUUAAUUACCUGGAGCACGAGGGCGUGGUUCACCGAAAUAUUUGCCCCAGGAACAUCCUCGUGAACGGCUUGAGAGAGAAGCAGAACUUCCAUUUCUACCUGUCCAACUUUGAAUACGCAAGCUUCAAAGACACAUUCCCAGACCCCGGCGACCCUUGCUUCAAGGCACCAGAGACAUGCGGUCUGACGACCGCCGAAGAGUCACCUCGGACGGACAUUUGGGGUCUAUGCGCAACCAUGGCAUAUUUCCUCAGCAACGACUUCCGAGACAUUGUCAACAGCAAACCUUCAGAGAAUAUUGUUGCCCAGGCCGUGUAUGGCGCGUCUAGGAUGCUGCUCUUCGGGCUGGAAGGGAUGGGAGAAUGGGACGCCAACGAUCGCCCAUCGGCACGACAAAAGCUGGAGAAAGUUUUCGGUGAGGGUGUCGAGGGUUGA